CGCUACUUGCGUGUCGUGUUUUUGCCAUAUACAGCCGUGUGGUGCUGCAAUGCUACCGGCCUGGUGUUCCGAUGCCCGUUUGGCACUUUGGAUUUGCCUGGGCCUUUGGCUCCUCCGCUUCGGGAGGUUGCAGGUGCCGCUGUUUCUGGUCAUCUUCCACACGCUCAUUUGUCUAGCGUCUUUGAUUUGCAGUGUCACCUUCUACGUCCACACCACACGAACCGUCUUCAAUCGACGAGCACCCUUGGCGUUCAUGCCCUGGUGGCGGCAUUUCAUGAUGACUCGGCCACUGGAGGUGCUUUGGCGCUUUCUGACUGUGCCCCUGCGAGUUCAACCAGACUUGCUGAUCCUGGGCGAGGUCCGCACUGGGACCACGUCCCUGGCCGCCUACCUCCGAGCGCUCGGCUGUGUAGGCGCGUUUUCACCGUGGAUUCACCCCUUGGCCUCCGAUAAGGAGUCCUUCUAUUUUGUGGGCCAUUACUGGGGGAUGGUCCACCCGGGUGCUUAUCGGAUGUGCUUCCCGUUGAAGAUCUGGAUCUGGUGGCGUGUGCUUUGGUGCCAGGAGCGUCCGUUAGUCUUUGACGCUUGCGCCUCCCACCUCACUGCCCCAGCGGCGCCAGCGUUGCUGUACCACGCAUGUCCAAAGGCGGCAUUACUGGUGCUGGUUCGGCCACCAGAGCUGCAGCACAAGUCCUGGUGGCGUUUGGAGAGCAACGCCAUCGCUUGGGGCAGGAGCAUGGGCAUGGGCGAGGACUUCUUGUUGGAGGGAUAUCCUCCAAAGACCCUGCCCGAAGCAGCUCCUGGGGCUGAAGUCAAACGAUGCGUGAACAAGGUGUGUCCGGAAUGGUCCCUCACCACGGUUUGAACCCGGUGUGUUUGGUUGUCUUUAUUCCUCCAGUGAGACGUUUGGUGUGAGAGGGGUUAGUCUCAAGAUGAGGACGCCCAAGCGGCAUACAAAGCAAAUGUCUUUCUCUUUUGUCCAAGGUAGCGGUGGC